GUCCAUUAUCUCCGUCCGUCUCUUUCUAACAUUGUGUUUUUAUUAAUUGAAUACAAAGCAGAAUAGCUAACAUAGCCUAUUUACACAAGUCUACUUUCGAAUUCGAACUAGUUAUCAGGGUUUUAUCAGUUUCUGAUUCUGUGCUAAGUGUAUUGCUAUAGACGUCCGCGAGAGACUACAGAAAUAUACCGCCAGAACAUUAUCCUCAAUUAAUUUUAUCAAUAUUUGAUAAAUGAUAAGAUCCUAAAAAGUUCAAUCACUUAUUGAGUGUUCGUCAAAGCCGUCGUAUUCAUUAUUUCAUAUAGUAUACGUGUACAGUUACAGUAAAAUGACUACGACACACAUAUUCAACGUAGAAAUGACCUGUGAAGGUUGUUCUGGCGCCGUCGAACGAGUUCUCAACAGACUGAAGGGGCAAGGUGUAGAGGAUAUAUCGAUUAGUUUACCAGAACAAAAGGUAUCUGUUAAAUCAACACUGAGUGCUGAUGAUUUACUAGAAAUAAUUAAGAAAACUGGCAAGAAAACCACAUAUGUUGGUGCUCAGUAGAAUUAGCUGGUUGGUUUUUGAUACCACAAAAUUUGUGGCUCUUUUGGAUGCUCAAAAUCACUAUGGUAAAACAGUGUAAUAAUGAACAGCUAUAAUCUAUAAACUAACACUAUAUUUAAUCAAAAUGUAUAAUUUUAUCGCAUAUUCUGGCUAUUCAUGUUUACUGUAGCUUGAUGGUGAGUCCCACCAAAUGAAUAGCUUAUUUACCUGAUUUCACCAGCACUUAUCAUAAGCUAUAGCUUAUAUCAAUCCCAUACAUUUGUGUACUUUACUGAUAGUAGUAAAAUGUCUUCUAAAAUGUUGCUGCAUUGGAAAAUGUUAUAAACUUGUAAACUAUGUUGUGUAAUUCAAGAAUACUGGACCCAGUUAUGACUCACUUUGCAAAUCUUGGUUGUAAUGCACAUGUUAAACAUAAAUCUAAAACUAAACUUCAAGUAGAUUGCUCUAAAAAUAGUUAUGGCAACUAAAAUUUCUCUUGUUACAACUUAAUCUACAGAAAGGGACUCACUUUGUUGUAUCUUUUUGCCUAUCCUCAUGCAACUUAACAAAUGUGUGUUACCUGUAUAUGUUGUUAUAAUAUUGAUAUUUUUUUUUAAGAAUUUAAUAAUGUAUAAAAUUAUACUAUUUAAUAAAAA